UUAGGAGUAAACAUCGACUUCCUCAUCUUCGAUUUUUCCAAUUUGUUUCUGCAAUCCCGUGACGAGAUCGGAACCUUCGUGUUCACGGCGUCUCCGGGAAGCACCGCCAUCGUCUUCCGUUGCUCCGAAGCCACGUCGUCCGGUCGUCGCCGCCCUAGGGUUUGUCAUGUUCGGUUCCUUCUUUCUUGAUUUCUCUCUACCGAGGUGAUAGGAACCCGGGGCCUAUCACGUGAAAAAAUCGAAAGAGAAAGGGAAAAGGGGAUAGGGUGAUCGCUUCGAGGGGAUCGGCCUCCAAUAAUCAAACGAAAUUGAUUAAUUAAAAGGGAAAUUACUUAUCUUCCAAAGUUACAUAACGUCUCUUUAAAUAGAGACCUAAACUACCUUUUCAAAAAGAAAAGGUCUAAAAGAAAAAUAAAAUAAAACUACCUUUUCAAAAGAAAAGGUGUAAAAGAAAAAUAAAAUAAAAAUACAUUUUCAUGAGAAAAUGUCAGAUUAAAACUUAUCUAAAAUAAAAAAGAAAAAGUCUAAAACUUAUUUUAAAAAGGAAAUAAAGUUAAUAGAUUUAUUUGAAAAGAUCCAUUAAAGGAUCUUAUCAUUCCACCGCCCUUCAAAACAACCUUGUCCUCAAGGUUGUUUAGCAAUAAACUCUGGAACAUUUUCUUGAAUGGUAUCAUAUAAUUCAUAAGUGCUGCUCCGAUUCUAACUUCGGAUGCAUCAGGUUCAAUAACAAAUUGCUUAUUAGGUAGUGCAAGAACUAGUGUUGUCAUCAUAACCUCCUUUAAAUUCUGGAAUAUCUUUUUUGCUUCAAGACACCAUCUAAAUGCAUCUGUGAGACCCAGAACAUCACGUAAUGCCUUGAUACUCUUUGAAACUAGCACCUUUGAGGGAUCAGUAGCUACUCCGUUUUGGCUUACAAUAUGGCCAAGGUAUUCCACAUCAGUUGUCCCAAAGCUGCACUUAGCUCUGAAGAUAUCAUUCAGCAAACUUUGGAAUGUAGAAGGUGCAUUAAUUAAACCGAAAGGCAUGACUAAAAAUUCAUAAUGACCAUCAUGAGUCUGAAAGGUUGUUUUUGAAAUGUUUGACUGAUGGAUUCUUAUCUGAUGGAAGCCUGAGCGAAGAUUCAACUUUGAGAAUAAUGAGGAACCUCCUAAUUCAUCAAGUAGUUCAUCAAUGAUGGGGAUAGGGUACUUGUCUUUCAUUAUAAUUUUAUUGAGUGUCGAGUAAUCUAUACAUAUUCGUCAAUUUUUGUCUUUCUUUUGUACAAGCAGUACUAGAGAAGAAUAUGGAAUUAUACUUGGGCAAACGAUACCAGCCUGAAGCAUCUCUUGUACAAUCUUCUCAAUUUCCUCCUGUAUGUAAGGGUAGCGAUAAGGCCUAACAUUUGCUUUAGGAUCUUUUUUGAUAGAGAGUUGCAUGAGAAAAAUAGAGCAAUCUUUCUUUAAUAAUUGCUCUGCCUGAUAACUACUGAUUGGUGUGAUAGUAUCUUGUUUCUUGCCUCUGAUGCAAACUUCUUUUCCUUGAUCUUGGAAGCGCAUUGUUAGUUGAGAGAAAUUCCAUAUUAUAUCUCCUAAUGUUUUCAACCAUUGUGCUCCAAGUACAACAUCACAUCCAUCUAGGGGAAGAAGAAAGAGAUCUGUUAUUAAUUCAUAAUUGGGUAAGAAAAUUUUAAUACUAUUGCACUUUCCUGGACUUGUAAGUGAUCUUCCAUCCGCCACCUUAACAUCAAAUGUAGAUGCUUGCUCUAUUUUUUGUUUAAGCCUGCUUGCCAAGGUUGAGUCUAGAAAAUUGUUGGUGCUUCCUGAAUCUAUAAGUAUCGUUACUGGUUGUUUUUUAAUGAAUCCUUUUACCUUCAUCGUUUGCGGAGUUUGUAGUCUUUCUAAGGCAUGAACCGAUAUUGCCAUAGAAUCAUACUGUACUUCGUUGAUAUUAUCUUGUGUUUCAUCUUCAUGGAAAUCAUCUUCUUCCUCAGAGUUCUCUAUUGGUUCAAUCAUCAGUAUCCUUUUUUGCUUGCAUUGACGACCACUGUGCCACUUUUCAUCGCAAUGCCAGCAUAAUCCCUUUGCCAUCCUUUCCUUGAUCUCUUCUUUUGUCAAUCUACGAGGUGUUGAAUAAUAUGAUGGGUUUUCACGAAUUACCUUGUUAUUUCUUCUUCCUUCUUCAUUGAUCUUCUCUUCUUGUAGUCGUGCAAAGGAUAAGGCAGCUUUCAUGGUGCGGGGUUGAUUCAUUUUUACUUCUUGUCGUAUAUCAAGGCGAAGUCCUUCAAUAAAAGUGCCCAAUAGUUGCUUUUCUGACCAAUCACGAGUUUGAUUAGAGAGUCUCUCGAAUCGUCUUUGGUACUCUAGUACGGUUGAAGUUUGUCGAAUUUUGGCCAAUUCUCCAUCAACAUUCUCAUAACCGGAGGGACCAAAUCGAUUGAUGAGUUCUUCUUUGAAUUCCUCCCAUUUUGAAGGUCCAUGGCAUGCUUCAAGCCAGUCAUACCAUUGGAUGGCAUCACCUUCGAGGUUUAUAGAUGCUAGUUCUACCUUUGCAUUGUCCGAUGUGCUGUGGAAGCGAAAAUAUUUUUCAGCCCUUGAAAUCCAUCCAAUCGGAUCGUUGUUCUCCCAGCGAGGAAAUUCCACCUUCAUACGUGGAUAGUUGUGCUCUCGAUCUUCAUUUGAGUUUGCACCUUGGUCAUAUUGUUGUUGUCGAGACUGCUGAUUUUUUCUCCUUUUGAUUAGUAUGCUUGAGCUGGAAUCUACUUCUAAACGAUCCUUCAAUUCUUGCACUAUCGUGACCAACGAUGCCAUAGUUUUUUCGAGUUUAUCCAUCCUUGUCUCGUGCUUAACUUCAAAUUCCAAAGCCCAUUUGGCGUCAGGAUGAGAUCCUCCGGUCAUCAUGUUGAAUUUUCUUCUCUUGAAGUCGGGUUAAGACCAUGCGCUUGUUGAAGUUGCUGCAAGAUACUAUAAGGCGAAGAUGAAGUGAACUGCUCUGAUACCAAGUUGAUAGGAACCCGGGGGCCUAUCACGUGAAAAAAUCGAAAGAGAAAGGGAAAAGGGGAUAGGGUGAUCGCUUCGAGGGGAUCGGCCUCCAAUAAUCAAACGAAAUUGAUUAAUUAAAAGGGAAAUUACUUAUCUUCCAAAGUUACAUAACGUCUCUUUAAAUAGAGACCUAAACUACCUUUUCAAAAAGAAAAGGUCUAAAAGAAAAAUAAAAUAAAACUACCUUUUCAAAAGAAAAGGUGUAAAAGAAAAAUAAAAUAAAAAUACAUUUUCAUGAGAAAAUGUCAGAUUAAAACUUAUCUAAAAUAAAAAAGAAAAAGUCUAAAACUUAUUUUAAAAAGGAAAUAAAGUUAAUGGAUUUAUUUGAAAAGAUCCAUUAAAGGAUCUUAUCACGAGGCCGAUUGAACCUAGAUUUUCUCCUGACCCUAAUUUCUAGCCCCUUUGGUUGUUUUACUUAUCAGUCACUUGCUUCUAUGAAGUGGAGUAUGUCUAAAUCCCUUCGUUAUCAGAUCAGUCUUGGAGUUUACGAUUGCUUUUGUUCUUUCAGUUAGGGUUUCUAAUUCCACCUGAUUCAUUCUGGCAUGUACUCGAUCUUCUGAAGAGGUGCCAACUUUGGGUAGAUUGUCAGGAGCGAUGCUUGUUAUGGUGAUUCAGUAGGGAUAUCAAUCGGAUCCUUCGAUACGCGAACAAUGAGUUUUCGAUGCUGUGUGUAAGGGCUGGGGUUGUUUGUUUUGUUUCUACUCACAUGAUUAUCAAGGUUUUCCUUGGUAGAGCUGUGGGUAUAUGUAUCCAAAAGGAAGAAGCAUUCCUUAGUUCUUUCUGUUAUAAUUAUUUGAUAAAUAAUAUUGCGUUAAUAAGAAAUCUGAAUGGGUAAAUAAUUAUUUGUAUCAGUUAUAAGGGGAAUAAUUCAUGAUACUCUAUUUACAUGGCAAAGGGAAAUAAUCAUAAUAAUUUAUCCUCUUGGUGACACUUCUCUUUAUUUCGUUUGAUCCCGUAUCUUAAAUUCUUUAAAACUAAUUUUUAUCCUACUUAUGUAAAUGAAUCACAUCCUUCCAUUCCAUAUAUUUCAAUUGGAUCUUUCUCUCUCUCUUUUAAAGAAAAAAAAAGUGUUGUUUGAACUGAAUUUUCCAUCAUGCAAAAUAUUGCUUCCUCCCAAUUUGUACUAAAAGAAUGUGUAUGGGCUGGGAAACAUUUCAACAUCAGCGUUCCUUCCAUCCUGCCAUUUCAACCAAAGGAAAUGACAUGUAAAAUAGUCUCUUAGAAGCUUUUCCUUAGGCCGUGCAUUUCCUUCCACCAUAGAAAUAAUGACGAUACUUCUAUUGUAUGAUAUAAAAUUCAUUAUUUCUUCAUUUUACAAUGAUUUAAGUUAAAUUUAUAAUAUGUUGGGCAUAAUUUAAUUUCUUAAGGGGUUAUGUUCACUUUCAGUGUUGGUUAAUAUUUAGAUUGUAUAAAAUAAGAUUCAUAUCACACCAAAUUGAAUCAUCAUGUUUUUUCUCAUUUCCAGUUCAUAUGUAAAAAUUUUAGCGUUUUACAUGUGAAUUGUAACAUAUUGUAUGAUACAGGUUGUUAACUGAAUGAUCACAUUUCCAUAAUUCCAAGUUGUCUUGCUUUUGUGGAAGAUUAAGUAAUGCAUUUGUUCUUGAGUUGGGGACGAUGUAGUGGCAAAUGUAAUUAUCUUAAUAAUUUCCCAUCUUCAUACUGUUGGCUAGUACCAAUGGUUAAACCUAAGUUUUGAUAAAUGAAAAAUGAAUUAAAGUUAGGUGUUGUGUUAUUUGACCUUGUUACCAAGUGUCCAAGAUUUGACGGGUCUGGAGAACCUGAUACCAGAUUGAAAUCUAGCUAGGUUUGUUGGACCUGAUAGUUGGUAUGGAAGUCCAGAUAAGUCAAGGAUUGACCCAAUAUCUUGCGGGAAGUUUGGCUGGGUCCAUGGGACCUGAAGCUGGCCGAAGUCUCGUUGGAUUUCUGGACUUGACAACUGGCGAAGACUUGGUGGGUUAAAGGCGAGUCAAGCGAUUUUGCAUGGUAAGUAAGGUAAGUCACUGGAGGAGAGUGUUCUAGUGAGGACGAAUCUCAAUUAGGGACUUUAGGCGCAUGUCCAGUUUAGGCCCAUUUUAGAAUCCUUAGACUGUGGCUAGAUCUUGGUCUUGGACGACAGGAUCUAAUUAAUAAUAUUAUUUUAUUAUUCUGCUAACUCUGUUUGCAAUAUAUAGUUUGUUAUUUGGACUAACGCAUUUUGCAGGAGCAAAAGAGACUCAAGCCUCGGGUGAACAGUGAUCCGAGGCGCCCCUGUUCGAGUGGAGGCGACUCGAAUGCUUCGGUCAAAGUCCCCGCACGGAAGGGCCCGGAGGCGCCUCCCAUGCGGAUGGAGGCGCCAUGAAGCUUGGUGCUGGAGGUGCCUCGGAGAGCUUUGAAGGUGCCCUCCAGAGGAUAAAAUCCACAGGUUAUGAGUUUUAUCGAUUCCGAAGAUAAGGGGAUAAAAGUUGUUGCUGGAGGUGCCUCGGACGAAGCUAGAGGCGCCCCUAACAGUCCAUAUACGCCUUGUUCGAGCAACCUUCAAGAUACAUCUUCUCUACGAACUACAAAGACCUUUCUGCUGCGAACAAGUUCGAUUGCUGCUGUACUACUGCUGUCAGCAGAUCGACACCAACUCUUGAGCACUUCCGAAUCCUCUUUCUACGAGUUGAAGGUUUAGAGUGGAUUGUCCGUUGAUAUGGUCCGAGGGAUCGUGGGUCUUGGAGUAAGAGUCGCCGAAGGCUCCGAACCAAGUACUUGUUUGACCAAUAUGAGGUGAUAUAAGGAGUUGUUUCUGAUGGACUAGGUGCUGAGUGUUACACAAAACCACUUGGUAUCACUUGACAUGUUCUUUGAAAGCAUCUAAACUUGUUUGAGCAUUAUUUUGAGUCACAAUGUCGAAGGGUCAAUACCAAACAAGAAUUCAGUCAGGGAGGAGAGCACUUGAAAAAUGCAAAAGCAAGACAAUUGAGAUCAUUGAUAUUGAAAGAGGGAAAAAUGUUAUAAUAGAUGCUCCAGAGUCUUCUCAUCAAGAUUCUGGUUCCCUAAAGGUUAAACUUAAUGAAAUUCCUUCUGUUGUUAUACACAUUGCUGAUGAAGAGGGAGAAAAUGAUAAGCUUCAUAGUAAUGCAUAUCAGCAUUCCUCAAACAGCAGAGUGUGCCCUCUGUUUGGCAGUCAUUCAGCACAACAAGAAUUAGAUGAUGAAGAAUGUGUAAUGUUCUUGAAGGAGGAUCUUUCCUCUUCUUACUCUAGUAGAAAUGGGUUCCCACCGUUUGGUUUAUCUAGAACUCCCCAUGUACUAUUUUCUUCUUGUUCAGAAAGCAGUUCAUCCAGAAAUGAUAGUUCAACAUUUAACACUUCUGGAAGUGAUGAUUCUGAUUUUGAAGUUGAAGAUAUUAGUGGGCAUAUCCAUGAACAGUGGGAAAGAGCUGCUCUUAGGAGAAAAAAAUCACAAACAGUGAUAAUGAGGUCUGAAGAUCAGCCUAGUGUAUCAGGAUCAAGUUCUGAUCCAGGAUUGUCACCACCGGAACCUACUCAAAAUAUGGUUGAUUUGGAAGACUCUGUAAACAAGAGCUUCUUUGAGCAUUCCAAAGUAUCUCCUUGUAAGAAUGGCAACUUCUUUGAGCAUUUCAAACACUCUCAAAAUGUUGAUAACUUGGAAGACUCUACAAACAAGUUCUCUUCUGAACAUUUUAAAGCAUCACCUUCCAAGUGCAGUUCAAGUCGUUCAGAUUCCAGAAAAAAUAUUUCUAAUAUGGCCAAUGGUAAAAUCGGGAAUGAUCCCUUUUUUGGUAAUAGCAGAAAAGAGAUUCCUGUUGGUUCUGAUACAUCUACUGGAAUCAGCUGUGAGGUGCCUAGUUUUCAGAAGAUUAAAUCAUUAUAUGAAAGCAGCUUUUUGAGAUCUCAGACCUUUGAAACUCAUGCUGAUCUUAAUGAAACUAAGGGGGUGUUUGGUUAAAUGAUGGGAAUGACUAUGGAUAUGGGUUUGAUAGUAGGGUGGAAUGGGAAUAGGAAUGGAAAUGAAAUCCAUCAAGUUAUAUGAGUUUGGUUGAUUCACAUAAAUCUAGUAAUCAUUCCCAAAAUGUCAUUCUCAAACCCACAAUCCAAACACUAUCUUUUACUAUCAUUCCAUUCUCUCAUUCCCAAACCCAUCAACCAAACACCCCCUAAUACUCCUGAUGUACAAAUGCAAGGGAGCGCUACUGUCAGUGUUGAUGGGUUUUGUUGCAUGGGAAAAGCUGAGAGAAGUCCAUCUGGAAAUUCUCCCUCCGCAAGUACAAUUAGGGAUGAAAUGGACUUCCAGUAUGAAGAAGGACCUAAUCCUGGAAAACCAAUCAGAGCUAUGGAUUCAAAGCACCCUAUGGCUGGCUGCUCUUAUAAUCAUAGUGAGAAAGAAUAUGGCCAUUCGGCAGAAUCACAACAUGACAACCCAGGUCUCCAGGAAAUUAAUCCAGGGGCAAAGGGGAUGUCCUUUGUGCAACAGAUUCAUUCAUUCAAUGAUCCAAUACAUGAUGAACCAGUAAUCAAACAUAGCGCUGAUUUAUUUGGCUAUGAAACUGAAGCCAUUCAUGGAAAAUCUACUUCAAAAAAUGAUACAGAAACUGGAACUUUGUGCCAGAACUUAUCUUUACAUGGAGGCAUGCAAGAUUUAUCUUUGUCCUUGGACAACCUUACUGGUGACCUUGAAAAGCAUAAUGAAAUUGUGAUGAAGCCAAUUGUACCCAAGGAUCAGAGUGCCCCAAUAAGUGAACGUGAAAAAUAUAAGGAACCUGAUGAAUUCAAGCGUGUUGCUGAAGAAGAAUGGGCACAAAGGAAUCGUGAGAUACAGUCUCAGGCUGAAGAAGCACAGAGAUUGCGGAAGAGGAAAAAAGCUGAAAACCUGUGCUUAUUAGACAUGGAGAAAAGGCAAAAGCAACGGGUAGAGGAAAUCAGAGAAUCACAGAGGAAGGAUGAGCAGACGAUACCUCUGAAAGAACUUAUCCGUGCUGAAGUAAGAAAAGAGCUGGAUAAGAUGGAAUGGAGAUACAGGGACAUGGCUUCACUUCUUCGGGGGACUAGGCAUCUCCCAUGUCACACGAGAUGACCAUGUCGGAAAAGAACAACACGGCAAGCAGUGGUGGGGUGGCGGUUUCGACGGCACCGGUUUGAGCUCGUCCUCCUCCAAGUUGUGAUAUAAAUUGCUGGUUCUAAUACGUAGGAGCAACAGAUUGCUUACUUCUGAAACCAAUCGGAUGGAUUUGACUGGUGCAGUCUCUUGUUUCUCAGGAAGUUAAAAAUUUGCACUUUUUUGUGUUUUUUUUGGGCAAGAAACUGCUUUUGUUCCCCUUCUCAGCUUGUUUAGAAUUGAAAUUUCAGAAUAUUAUUAAAAAGAUUUCCUAAUUUA